AUGUCAAAUCAGGCGGUGGGAACGGUCUACCAGACCAUCAUCGAGGAGGUCAUCAACAGCUCCCGGGUGGACUUUGAGGAGAGCGGCGUGGAGGAGAGCGUUCUGGAGGAACUGCGUCUGGGAUGGCAACGGAAGCUGUCUCAGCUUGAUGUGGCUCGGUUCCCCUGGGAUCCAAAGCCGGAUCCUCCUCCUCCUGCUCCGGCGGCUCCUGUGCCGCCGCCCCCGGCCCCGGCCCCGGCUCCCGCGCCGGCAGCUCAGCCGACAACCCCCCAACCCCAGUUCCCUCCCACCCCGUCCCUGCCCAACGUCGGCGCCUUGGCAGCCACGGGCCACAACGGCGUCAAGGUGGAACAGGAGGCCGUCAAGCCCGAGCCAGCAAUCAAGCAGGAGCCCGGCACCCAAGGGCCCUCCAUGCCAGCCUUGCCGAGCUACAGCAGCAUAGACAACAAGAACAGCGUGGCCGCCAGCAGAGCAGCCCAGCAGCUCCAGCUCCAGUACGGCGUGCGAGCAGCAGGCUCCAUCAACGCUAUCCAAGACCGAAUGGGUCAGCAGCAGCAGCAGCAGCAGCAGCAGCAGCAGCAGCAGCAUCAGCAGCAUCAGCAGCAUCAGCAGCAUCAGCAUCAGCAUCAGCAUCAGCAUCAGCAUCAGCAUCAGCAUCAGCAUCAGCAGCAUCUGCAACACAACCAGACCCCCUCCCCGCCGCAGCAGGACUCGGCUGGCCCUUCGAGCAUCAGCAACGGCCAGACCGACGGCCCCGCCGACGGCGCCGACUUCCAGGGGAUACUGAUGCGGCGAGGCGCGCAGGGCACGCUGCGCGAGCUCGGCCGUGUCGACAUUGACGGCCUUCUUCACGACCAAAUCGCCGCCAGGGCCAAGGCCAUGGAAGGCGGCGGCCUCAUGCUUCCUCUCAAGAGGGCUGCCCGGCCCAGCCGCGGCGCCGCAUCGUCGAGCCGAACCCGCGGGAGCAGAGGCGUUGUCGCAGGCCACGACGGCGGCGGCGACGACGACCUUGACGACGACAUUGACGACGAGGACGCCAUCAACUCGGAUCUCGACGAUCCCGAAGACGACCACGACGACGACGAGGUCGACGACGAGGGCCUGGGCCACAUCAUGCUGUGCAUGUACGACAAGGUGCAGCGUGUCAAGAACAAAUGGAAAUGCACCCUCAAGGAUGGCGUUCUCACCGUCAACGGCAAGGAGUACGUGUUCCACAAAGCGAACGGCGAGUAUGAGUGGUAG